GUAGCUCUGAAAUGAAAAAACCAAAAAAACCAAAAAACAAACUGGCUUCUUGAGAGACGCAGAGAAGGAACGGAGGAGCCAGAGGAUCGCCCCAUUUACCAGCGUGUCACCGCGGCACGUCCGCGUGGAGGCCGGCGGAUCGUCACCGCUCCCCGGUCAGGAUGAACCUGUCCGUGUCUGCCGGAGCUGUGCUGGUGCUGCUGCAGAGGAGUGUAGGAUGGCGCUGCUGGGAAAUAUAAAACGUCGCUCUACUGACAGCCGGGAGAGUCGACACAGAGAGAAACCGAGUCUGGUUAAAUUAAAGAGACAUGCCCUCUUUCUCCGUGCGCCAUAUUCACGUUGCACCUGCACAUCCUGCGGGAUCCUGCACUGAUGGAUAUCUGAGAAUCACAUCAUCUACGCUUAUCCCGAUCUUUGCUGUCCCAUCUGGAUUUACAUGUGCAGCCAAAGAAAGUCUACAGGAAUUAUUUAUGCUUUCCUGAUUGGAUUUAAGUCUGAAAAGACUAAAUUAGGACUUUUAUUUUUAUUUUUUGUUGACUCACGGAUCUUAAUAUAACGUGUCUUUUGUCACCCUGAAGGGAUCUAAACUGAUCCAUGCUCUGAUAUGUUUGAGUAACCUGUCUGAUAUAACCCACUACUUCAUAUUGUAAAGCCAGGAGAAUGCUUGAUGUCAAGAUGAAGGAGACGUGUAGAAUCUGUGGCCGGGAGCUCUGCGGUAACCAGAGGCGAUGGAUCUUCCACCCAGCCUCCAAACUUAACCUACAUGUGCUGCUGUCCCAUGCCCUGGGUCGAGAGCUGACCCGGGAUGGCAGGGGGGAGUUUGCCUGCUCCAAGUGCACCUUCAUGCUGGACCGCAUGUACCGCUUCGACACAGUCAUCGCCCGAGUGGAGGCCCUGUCCAUCGAAAGGCUGCAGCGGCUGUUGCAGGAGAAGCAUCGACUGAGACAGUGCAUUGGCGGUUUAUACCGGAGGACUAAUCCGGAGGACGGCGCUGUGACGUUCACCGGCACUAAUGAAGAGUCCGGAGAUGGGAUGGUGGACAUCUCGGGUCUAACCCAUGCAAAGUACUGUGCCCUGCUCCAGGAGGAUUUGGUCUACUCUUUGUAUGAGUCCUGGGCUGACGAUGGGCUGGACUGCCACCAUCACCACCACCCUACCUGCUCUGCUGGUCCAGGGUCAGAGGCCACAGGUACAGGCUCGCACCACUGUCGACCCAGCACUCCCAGGAGGUGUCGAGGAUGUUCCUACUGGCGGGUGGCGGACUCUGACUAUGAAGCGGUCUGCAAAGUGCCCAGAAAGCUGGCAAGAAGCACCUCUUGUGGGCCAUCAACCAGAUACUCAGCCAGUGUCAUUGGUGGGAGUGUGACUGGAGGGGAUGGAGACGUGGAGAGGAAGAACUUGGACGAUUCAGAGGAGGCCCCAUCAUCUCGAACCCUGGUCCCUGGGUCUCAGGACGUUUCCCGGACUUCAGACAGUGAUCGCACACUGGCUGGACGAGGCAGUUCCAGCCCCUCAGUUGCAUCCUUGGAGAUGACCGAAGACAACGCUCAGCCUGGAUCGCUGAGAGACGGAUCACUGAUCUCCUCUGGGGAAGCAGCAGUAGAUGACCACAUUUCUGACUCUCUGUCUGAGGAGCACAUGGGAGCGACGCUGUCCUCACCUGGACCCAGUCUUUCUCUGACAUUCUGUCUGCUGCAAAGCUACGCAACCCAUCGCCCAGUCCAGCACACCAAGGGAAGCAAACUACCCAUCCUCAUCCGGAGGAGCUCCAGGAACGGAGGGGCUCGGCUGCGAUUCCCAGAUCCUCUUCUUGGGAUGCCUUAUGGAGAGAGAGACAACCACAUGCCCACUCCCGAGCCAGAGACUCCUUUGGUCAGGCUGAAUUUGGAAGAUGAUCACGACCUGAACUUUGCUGACAUGGAGGAUUUAUUGAACGAUUUAUACAAGGAGUAUCCUCCCCCACCUCCACAUCAGAGCCUCGUUGAGGAGCAGCAGAGUCAGCUCAACCAGUACGAAUGUGCGGCGGGUCAGUGCGUCAGCGAGCUGCAGAAGGCCCAGCUCCAGGUCCAAUCCCUGCAGGCAAAGAUCCAGGAGAGCGAGGCCAACAACAUGAAGCUGCAGGAGAAGCUGACCGAGAUGGAGUGUGAGCUGCGUUCGCUCCGACAGGCGGCCCAGAGUCAGGAAAGAACCAUUCAGGGCCUCACAGAGUCCAUCACCACCAAAGACAGCGAGGCCCAGGAGCUGUACCAUCUGAUCGAAGGCCAGAACAGCACUAUGUGCAAGCUGCAAGAACUGGCCCAUCGUAACCAGCUCACUCAGAGCCAGACUCCCGCGGGGAUGAGCGAGUCCCUGACGCUCGGCCAGCUGCAGGGUGAGCUGGUCCGGGUGCAGAGCUCUCUGUUCUCUCUGGGUCUGGAGCUGGAGGCCAGCCAGAGGAGUCUAAGGCAGAGCCAAAGGCAAGGCGACGACCUGCUGAGGUUCAAGGACCGGCUCAGCUCCGACCUACAAGAGGAACUGCAGCACAGGGGGGUCACAGAAAAACACAACCAGGACCUGCGCGGUGCUCUGCAGAAGAUUCGCUCCGAGCUUCAAACCAGAGAAGCGGCUCUGAAGGAAUGCGAGGCAGAGAAGACGGCAGUGACGCAGGAGAAAGACGGGAUCAUUGCUCAGCUCGAGCGCUCCCUGCAGGACAAGGAGCGGCAGCUGCAGGAGUACUGUGACAUGUUGGAGUCGACAAAAAGCUCCAAGCCAAGAGAUGCUCUGCUAGAGAAGCUGAGGGAGCGGAUUAAGGAGAGAGACCAAGCUCUGGAGCGCUCCAUCGAUGACAAGUUCCACUGUCUGGAGGAGCGCGAGGGCCAGGUGAGGGCGCUGCAGCUCGCCCUCAGGGAGAAGGAGCGCGACCUGGAGAGGCUCCGCUGCAUCCUGUCCAACAACGAGGAAACCAUCACGGUACGCUCAUCGGCAAAUAGUUUGGACGCUCUGGUGCGCAGCAAGGAGCUGGAGUUGGAGCAGGCAGCGGAGGCCUACAGGAACCUGCAGUGGCUCAAGCAGAAGAGCGAGGAGAAGGAGACAACGGCUCUGAGGGAGAAGGACACCAUCAUCCACCAGCUGCAGGCGGCCCUGCAGGCGCGCAGCCAGGAGAUGCAGGAUCUAACGACCACCCUCGUUGCCCGGGUCCAGGCCGGCCCCACGGGGGUCGUGGAGGAGCUGAAGGCUCGGCUGGCCCUUAAAGAGAAACUGUUCCAGGAGCUGCUGUCCGACCGCACCCGGCAGACCGACGAGCACCAAGCGCAGGUCCUGGAUCUGCUCAGCACGCUCAGCUCCAAAGACCAGUACCUCCAGGAUUACUCGUACAGGCUCUCCUUGGUGAUCACCGAGCGGACAAACGAGCAGCAGGAACUUCGCAAGCAGCUGACACAGACGGAGCAGGAGCUGAGCGAGCUGAGGCGAGAACGGGAGAGGGAGACGGGAGGAGAGGCGGAGCAUCUGCGAAGCCUGCUCAAGGAGAAGGAAGCCUUUAUUAAGGAGCUGAUCCAGGAACAGGAGGAGGCCAUGCAGGAGGAGAGGGAGGCCGAAGUGAAGGCUCUGAAGGACGAGAUCCAGCUGGUGUUGAGGAAGGAGAAGGAGGCUCAGAAGGAGAUCGCUGACCUGCGCUCCUCUCUGGCCCAUCGGCAGACUCAGAAUGCGGCGACAAAAGACGGAGCUCAUCAGCAAGUAAGAUGUGUGCUAGAGCAGCUGGUGUCUGAGUACAACAAGCUGAAUGAUGCCCUGAGGACAGAAAAGAGGCUAUACCAAAAUCUGACCCAGCUUAGCAGAAGUGAUGGCAACAGCAGCACAGAGAAGAUCCAGACCCUGCACACCGAACUAGACUCGGUUCAGGCGCUUCGAGGGCAGCUGGAGGAGGUUCUGUCCAGGACCCGUAGGAUGGCCCUGGCACUGGAGCGGGCAGCUAAAAGGCAGCCUGAGUUUGGAGAGUUCAGCUCAGAAGAGGAGGAGGAGGAGGAGGUAGACGAUGAAGAUGUCAGCAGCGAGGAGUUCACUGACAGCAUAGAGGAGGAGGAGGAUAACAGCCUGAACUCCACUCAGGCCUCAGCGAAGCCUCAGAGAGCCGGUGAUGAGUCCGGGCGACUGGUAGAGGAGACGGUGCACCACCUAAAGCAGCUUGAAGGAGCCAAGAGGACCCUAGAUGCUCAGCUUGAAGAAGUGCAGUCGCAGCUGGAAGAGGAUGGAUACGCGUCUUUAUCUGACAUGAGGAGCGCCUUGCAGAGGUUGCAGCAGGAGAACGAGGCUCUGAGAGAAAGCCAGGGGUGUCCAAGAGCGGGGGGGCAGAGGAGGAACGCAGAGACCAAACUGAGCCGACGGGAGGAGAGGGAGAGGAGCAGCGCCGAGGAGGACGAUGAAGAGUUUGAAUCGUCUCCAGUGGUGUCGGGGAAGCGAGGUCCCUCUAGUCUGAGCGCCGAGUCGGGGAAGAGGCACUGCAUGAGGCCGAGCUCGCUGGACCUGAAGUCCAGACAGGCUGAGACGACGGUGGAGUCCGCCGGCAGUGGCAGUGAGGCCGCAGCGAUUUGGCAGGAUAUAGAGGAGGGUCUCCGGGAGCAGGCGGCUCGUCUUCGCUCUGACCUGAGCCUGAGCCUGCAGGAGAACAGAGAGCUGAAAGAGAGGCUGAUGGUGUCCGAAGCCACCGUCCAGGCUCAGGCCGAGCAGCUCAAGGACUACAGAGAUCUGCUAACAGAAACGUCCGUGCAGCAGGCCAGUAAGCAGGUGCAGGUGGAUCUCCAGGAUCUCGGCUACGAGACCUGCGGCCGCAGUGAGAACGAAGCCGAGAGGGAAGACGCCAGCAGUCCAGAGUUUGACGACUUGGAGAUGUGCACGUCGCUGUCCCAGCCUCAGGACUGUGAGGGUGCGGGCGGCGGCUGGUACGGCGGGAACUGUAGCGUGAGCAGAGGGGCUUACAACACGGGGGACGAGUCUGCGUCUCUCCAGCAUCUGAUCCGGGAUCUGCGCUCCCAGCUGACCCGCUGCCACAAGGUGAUCCGCGGACUGCAGCUGCGCGUCCGCUCUCUGUCCGCCACCAGCGACUACGCCUCCAGCCUGGAGCGCACGCCACGCAAGGUCAACUGGGCGUUUGAGAGGUCGGCGGGCCCCAGUGCAGCGGAGGAAGAUGAAGGCUGGAUGUCAGACACGCAGGGAGUCCGCUCCAGCUCCGGGCACAGCAGGGAGCUGCAGGAGCUCAUGGAGCGAGUCGCGUCGCUUGAGGCUCAGCUGAAAACCACUGCUGCAGAGGGCAAAGGUCAACCGGAAGAGGGGAAAUGUGCCACCUGGCCUGGGAAGUACAACUCUCUGAUCCAGGCUCAGGCUCGUGAACUGUCCCACCUCAGGCAGAGGAUGAGAGAGGGCCAGGGGGUCUGCCACAUCCUGACGCAACACCUGGGGGACACUACCAAGGCUUUUGAAGAGCUCCUGCGGGCCAACGACGUCGAUUACUACAUGGGUCAGAGCUUCAGGGAGCAGCUGGCUCAGAGCAGCGCCCUGGCUCAGAGAGUGCUCACCAAGAUAAGUGGACGUGAGGGGACCGAGAACCACAGCGAGAAAACAGGCCAUGAGCUGCUUGCCUUACGGCUGAGUAAGGAGCUACAGCAGAAAGACAAACUCAUCGAGUCACUCCACACCAAGCUCCACCAGCGUCCUGAGACUCCGUCCAGCUGCCACGCCCUCUCUGAGACCACCGACCAAUCGGACAGGACCUCCCUGGUGUCCGAUGAGUACCAAAGCAACGAAGACUUGGAGCUGUGCUCGGACAUGGCAGCCACAGAGCUCCCGGAGGAGCAGCGGCUCCGGCAGCAAGGCCACGCGUCACAGCCAGACGUCUGUCCAUCUCUCCCGCCUCUUCGUGGCCUCCUCAAGGCUUCCAACAGCUGUCCCAGCAUGCUUUGCUCUUCUGCAGUUAGAGCCCCUUUCAGUGCACCCAUCUCCUCCCUCUCUGUGUCCUCCGGCCCUGACGUCUGGGGUUACGAAGUCAUUUCUGACCCCCGGCCCAGGGCCCUGUCUGUUGCCGCUGUUCGCCCAGAGCUGGACAUGCUCUACAGACAGAUGCAUGAGCAGAACAGGGGAUUCCCGGUCGCCCAGGACACGACCCUGUUCGGCCUUCCGCCUGGCCCGCACAACCAGCACAACCUCUCCAGCUACAACCAGCUAUCCCAUCAUGCCUUUCAACACUACCAGCUGGGUGGCAUCCCUGAGUGCCACUCCGUUAAGUCUGACUCAGGUCUUUUGAGAGGGCAGCCUCUGUGGGACGUGGACAGCUUAGUUCAGCCAAACGGGACCUUUUCUGGAAACCAAACACCAAGCAGUCAAACAGGAGUGAAUUUGAUCGAGGAGCACCUCCGAGAGGUCAGAUGCCUCCGUCAGCGCUUGGAGGAGUCGAUCAGAACCAAUGAGAGGCUCAGGCAGCAGCUGGAAGAUAAACUGGCCUCCACCGGGCGGGAUGGAGGAGCACCAACAAACAUCUACAUUCAGGGACUUGACACGGUCACCCAGCUUUCUAGUGAAAUCAGGGUCCUGAAAGAGGAAAAUCUCAGUCUGCAGUCUCGCCUGCAGGCCAGCACAGACACAAGCGAGGAGGUGGCGCAGCUGCGGGAGGCCGUGUUCGCAGCCAGAACCCGCCUGAAGCAGGCCGAGCUGGAGGCCGAGCAGUGGAAGGAGGAGCUGCGGCGCCUGCAGGCUCACACUCAGGAGCAGGGCCAGCAGAUCCACGCUCUGAGGCAGGAGCGACAGGCCAACCAGGACAAAACCAACAGGCUCCAGCACGAGACGUCUCUGCUGCAGCAGCAGCUGAGUGAGAGCAGAGAACUGAUCCACUCGCUGCAGAGCGAGCUGCACGUUUAUGACCGAGUGUGUUCCAGCACCAAGCCUAACAAAGGGUAUCUGUGUGAGGUGGCGGGUUUCCCAGUGGAGCUGGGGGAGCUGCUGGGGGAGGUCAGGAGUCUGCGGGCCCAGCUGCAGAGCAGCGUGCAGGAAAACAGCGCUCUCAAACAGCUGGAGCUCCACAAGCAGCUGGAGCAGAAGCUAGGCGUGGGGUCGCCGCGGGCUCCGUCUCUGUCCGCGCUGACCGCCAGCCCUCAGAGGGAAACCUUCUACAGACGACAGCUGCUGCACGACCCGGCGCCGUCUCCGCCGGUCAGGGACAUCGGUUUGUUUAACUGUGGAUCUCCUGGUCCCCCCUACUCAGACCUGGACGACAGCCAUAGCCCUGCUAAUGCAGACUCUCUUGACCCUCACUCAGAACUGGAAGGGGAGGCACCAGAUGGGUCGUUUGCAAACCGUAACGGUCGCCACACCAUUGGCCAUGUCGAUGACUUCAGCGCGUUGCAGCAGCAGGUCCUGGAGGGCCGGAGCCUCGUCCAGCGCAUGGAGGCCACCUUGCAGGCCUGUCUCACCCCGCCACUGCUGGAGGGCAAACAGAUAGAGGGCAGCGACCUGGCCGUGGACUAUGGAUGUGUGAAGAGUCUUCUGUCCAACACCAAGACUCUGAGGCAGAUCCUGGAGGAGGCCAUGUCUCUGCUGAAGAUGUUCUGGAGGGCAGCUCUUCCUAACACAGAUCCCUCCAUCCAAAACCUUAAGAAGGAGCAGUGCCUGCAGGAGGAGAUUUUGUCCCUGAAGCUGCGUAUAUCUGAGCAGGAAGAAGUUCUUAAAGGGACAGUACAAAGACUUAGGAGCACCAGCCGCACCAAGGAGAGCAUGGAGCACUUCAUCGUCAAUCAGUUAUCAAGGACCCGCGAUGUGCUGAAAAAAGCCAGGACUAAUUUAGAGAAGAACGAGCUGAGGCUCUCCUCUCUAAGCUCCUCCCCCUCCUCUCCUCCUGCUGCUGAGGAGCUUGGAGGUGUUGCCAGAGCACGGCCUCCUGAUCGCGGUGUCCUGAUGAGCGGCGGCUUUCCUGGAAUCACCGGAGCAGAAGCCACUCAGCGUCUGGCAACGAGGAAGCGCAGCAGCCAGUGUCUGCUUUAGACUCCCAAAGCACCAACCUAAGUGCUCCCAUGUCUGACCUCUCUGCUUAAACAGACCCCUCCCUCAUCACAUACUCCUUCCCAUUUGACCCUGCCCACUCUUCUCCAUCCAGCCGCCCCUUGUUCGUCUGGACAAUACAGUCAGAGUACAAGCUGCACCUUGGCCCUCCCCUCACCCCUGUUCACCUCUGUUGUUGUCUUUGAGUGAAACAGUCAGCAGUUUGCUUGCUGUGUGUAAGAUCGAGGGGCUGAUUGAAAAGUGCUUCUGAUGGUUUCAGGGAUGUGCGUCCUACAGUCCCGAAGUGUCUUUAGAUGCCUUUAGCUCUGGUUCGAGGAUUGCACACAUUUCUUGUGGGUUUCUGAUAUAUUUCAGGUACAGAUACUCAUCUGAUCUGCACCCACACAGAGCCAGACAGCCUGUAGAGAAAGAGGGUUUGCGUAUGUUUGAAGUGGCUUUUGAGAUGUACUCUGCACACAGACGCACACAUGUAAAGUCCCAUCAGUUUGUGUGCGAUCGAACGGUUCACUCAAAGAUAAGUUCAUUUCCCCUAAACCUGCCACUGAAAUGCAACUCUCCUCCUUGUGGCAGGAGGUUAGAAUUUUUACAAAUGCAAUGCAAAGAAAUGCCGGAGGGAUGUGCCGUGCACGAUGUGCGCUAGCCGUUGUGGAGAAAGCCAAUAGCUAAGAUUAUUUGUUGUUGAGGGAUGCUACAACCAAGCCCCACGCCUCCUUUUCAAUGUCCUCUAAGUUUGCAAAAUCACAAAAACUGGGAGCUGCGUGUGCCAGAGGAACCAGGCCGUGCUCACUCCCCAGGGGGCUUCUCAUGCGAGCAUGUGCAAUAACGAUGUUUCUUGAGUAACUGCGCUGCACUGGAUCACAGUUCGCAGCGUUUGCCAUGGUUUGGACACAACCGGUGUCAUGAUUGUAUUUAUUUCUUGAGUGUCGAUGCAUGACAAAGAUUGUGCACAUGAAAAUCGGAGCGCUGGAACGAGUCGCAGCCGAUUCUUGCCAAAGUUUGAGCCUCAAACUUUUCACUCUGACUCGCCUCGUCCACAUGAAUGAGAAAACUUAUAUCAGCAACAGUGUCACCACGUUGUCUUGUUUUCCUUUUAAACCAUAGAGACGGCAACCGUUAGACACCUAUUGAAACAUUUUUUUGGACCAGCACUCCAGCAGAUUUUUCAGUCAAGCUAUUUGUUAAUGUCUCUUAAUGUUAUUUUUAGUAUCCCCUGAGCAAAGGCAAAAAAAAAAAAA